AUGUCCAGCAAGUUGAAGAACCGAACUGCAGAAAAUGGAGAGCAUCCCAGGAGCAACAUGGCAAAUGGAACAGACAGCCUGGCUGCCCCCACCCUCAGCACCUACACCCCAGAGGAGAUGGUACAACAGAUGAAAGAACUGAUCACUGAGAACAAUGAGUUAAAAGAAGCCAUGAAGGUGCAUAACCAAGCUAUGAAGGACCGAUACGAGGAACUUUCCAUCUGGCGAGAGAAGCAGAAAGAAGAACGAGAAUUUUAUGAAUUGAAGUUCAAGGAAGCUAAGCAGUGCUUGCUAGCCAAGUGCAUUGAAAAUGAACAACUACAGCAACAACUUCAGAGCUUAAAGGGAAGAGAAGGAGCUGAAAUGGAGGGCUGUGGGGCUCUGGAGAAGGAAGCAAAGCAGCUGAAAUGCCAGGUGCAGCGGCUCCAGGCUGAGAAGGCAGAUCUGCUAGCCAUCAUUUCAGAGCUGCAGGUCAAGCUCAACAUCUCAUCAGCAGAGGAUUCCUUUGUGGAGAUUGGGAUGAACGAAGAAAUAACUAGAACUGCAAAGGAACAUCAAGAGAAUAGUGAUGAAAUGACCAGUAACAUGUCUAUGUACAUGAGAAACAAACCUGCAGAUGAAUCGAAGAAUUUGGAGUCUGAGGAGCUAACUGUGAGUCAGCUGCUCUGCAGCCUUAGAAAUGAAACUCAGAAGAGGGAAAAACUUGAGAAGGAGCUGCAGGAUACCAAAGAGAGACUGUCAAAGCUAGAGAAGGAGACCACCAGCUGCCUGGAGGGUGGGACACAAACUGAACAGCAAGAGGAGGAAACUUCAGAGGCUGUUGGCAGUGAAGUAGAAGCCCUGAAUUUGCAAGUUUGUGCUCUGUUUAAAGAGCUUCAGGAAGCUCAUGAGAAGUUAAAAGAAGCAGAAUUGAUUCAGAAGAAGCUUCAAGAAAAGUGCCAGGUACUGGAAAGAAAAAGCUCAGCUGCUGCAUCAGAAUUGGAGGAGAACCAGCAGCUAAUAUACAGCAUCAGGAAGUUGGAACUUCAGGUAGAGAGCAUGCAGGCAGAAGUCAAGCUGGAACAAGCCAAGACACAUGAAGAAAAGGCAAGAUAUAAUAGCUUGCAGGAUGCAUACAGCAAACUCCUUCCUGAAGUAAAUGAGGCAAGGAAAACAAUCGAUGAAAUGAAACUCAAAGAGCUCAACAGAGUGGAUAAAGUCGUGGUGGAACAACUGAACGCAAAGGUGGAGCUGGCAGAACAAGCCCUUGCAGCAAAGCAGCUCCAGAUAGAUGAAAUGAAGCAGAUCAUUGCUAAGCAAGAGGAAGACCUCGAAACCAUGGCUGUGCUCCGUGCUCAGAUGGAGGUUUACUGUUCUGAUUUCCAUGCUGAGAGGGCAGCAAGAGAGAAGAUCCAUGAGGAGAAGGAGCAGCUGGCUGUCCAGCUGGCAUACCUGCUAAAAGAGCAGCAAAACCUUGAAGAACUUAGCCGGAACUCUUUGGCAGAGAUGCAGAAUCGCCACGGAGCCAGGGCAUCAGAUCGGGAACACUCGCCUCGCCUUGUCCAAAGAGGAACUGGUGGCCAAGACUGGCCAGAACAGCGGAAUAUCUCAAUGUAUUCAUGUCCCAAAUGUGGAGAAAUUCUACCUGAUUUGGACACGCUGCAGAUCCAUGUUAUGGACUGCAUUAAUUGA